GUCGAAUGGCUAUUGGGAAAUACUAGUCGUCAGCAGAGGGGUUGUAGUGUUGUGUGGUAUUCGACAUGCCUAUUGCGGCCAAGUCAGGUAUCUCAACAACAUUUUGAUAUCCCUCCUGUCAGCCUGUAUCUUGGCGGCGUUGCGGCAGUUGCAACAGAGUAUCACCGUCAUCUAUUCCGGGCUGAUCUGCCGAUCCUUGUCCGUAGCAUCGUAUUCGAGUGCUAUCAGGCCAUCCUCCUCGCCACAAGGUGACACGAGGCGUGCCGUAUUAUUCCCCCCCCCCCUAAUAUCUUCACCUGCUUCUUUCUUCGUCGACCUCCAAGGUUCCCGGAUCAACCCCCAACCAAAAGAUGGGCGACGGCGUGCUGGAAAAGGCUGACCACAGCAACAAUGGCUCCACUAGCCUAGAGAAGCGCAGCGCCGAGGUGGGCGAGCUGCGCACACGCCCAGUCGCGUUCCGGCCGCAGGACCGCCUCCUCCACGACCCCAAGGUGAGCUUUGAGGAGUACAUGUACUACGCAGCGCUGUCGCGCGCCGAGGAGGACGCGAGCGCCGCGUCGAGGCCCAAGCUGGGCAUCGUGGACGUCCUGCUGCCCUCCAAGAACGGCGGCAUCCGCGAGCUCAAGGGGUCCGCGACGAGCAGCAGCGAGGCCAUCCGCGAGCUGAACCUGAGUGACCCCAAGGUCCGCGCGACCAUCUCGGACGAGGAGUGGACCAAUGCGAGCCGUGCUCUGAGGACUGCGACAGCCGCGGCGUGUUUUUAUCUCAUCACUACUGAUAUCCUCGGCCCUUAUGGUGUCGGCUUCGCCUUGGGGACCAUGGGCUGGGGCCAGGGGUUUGGUCUUUAUACGAUCUUCGGGGCGUGUGCCGGGAUCUCUGGAUACCUCCUCUGGAAGGUCUUCCUCCACGUCGACAGCUACGAGUUCCCCGCAAAGAACUACGGCGACCUCGCCUACCGCAUCUACGGGCCAUGGUUCCGCUGGCUCGUCAACGUCAUCCAGGGCGUCCAGCUCCUGCUCUCGGUCGGCAACAUCAUCAUCCAGAACGGCCAGUCCAUCUCGCAGGUGUCCAAGUUCCGGCUGUGCUACAGCGUCUGCUGCCUCAUCUGGGCGCUCGUCGGCUACGUGAUGGGCCAGAUCAGGACGCUCAACCGCUUCACGUGGCUGGCCAACUGGGCCGUGUUCAUCAACCUGACCGUCAUGUUCAUCUCGAUGGGCGUCAUGGCGCACAGCGAGCCCAACUACGAUGCCGCGCAGGCCGGCGGCGCGGGGGCCGCGCUCGGCGGCGCGUCGGUUGCGCCUCUUGACGACGGCUCGUACCCGCCUAUCCAGCGGUACGGCGGGGUGCCGCCGUCCAGCAACGGGUUCAUCGGCGGCGUGGUCGGGCUGAUGCAGGGCGUGUAUGCGUACGCCGGGGCGCAGCUGUUCAUCGAGUUCCUGGCCGAGCUGCAGCGCCCGCGGGACUUCCUCAAGGUCAUGUGGGCCUCGCAGUUCUUUAUCUACGCCGUGUACAUGAUCUAUGGGUCUUAUGUGUAUUACUUCCAGGGCCAGUAUGCCAACAGCGUCUCGUACUACGGCCUGUCCCCGUACAGCUGGCAGACAGCCUGCAACCUGCUGGGCGUCCUCAGCGGCCUGAUCGCCGCGGUGCUGUACGGCAACAUCGGGAUCAAGGUCAUAUACAACAACGUCCUGAUCGAGUUCUUCAACUUCCCGCCCCUGACGACGCGCAAGGGCAAGCACUGCUGGGCCGCCGUGGUCCCCAUCUACUGGUCCAUCGCCUACCUCAUCGCGGCCGCGAUCCCCUUCUUCUUCGGGCUGGUCGGGCUGACGGCCGCCCUGUUCUUCGUCCAGUUCACCUACACCUUCCCCGCGCUGCUGGGGCUGGGCUUCAUCGUGCAGAAGGAGGCGAUGCGGGGCGAGCCGGCCUUCGACCCCUACACGGGCGAGGUGCAGCGCCGCGACUCGGGGCUGAGGAGGUGGGUUCGGGGGUACUGUGGUCGGUACUGGUGGGCUUGCGUCUUGUUGACGUUGUAUGCGCUCGGCUCGCUUGUUGUCAGUGGCGUGGGGACUUACUCGUCGAUCGAGUCGCUGAUCGCGGCGUUCAAGACCCCUCAGAUAAAUGCGUUUGUUUGUCGGUCGCCGUUGGCUGGGUAGAGGCGCUUGCAUGGCAUUGGGUCAAUGGGUCAGACUCUGCAUGACGAGUGUCAUGGUCUUAUUGGGUCUUGGAAGACCUCUAGACGGGAAGGAACAAUGCUGCAGUCUAGAGUCAGAGUCUUGUACUACAGCGUUGGGGGACAGUACAAUACCAUGCUAGACAGGUUUGAAGAAAGAACAAGAUUAAAUGUG